CCAGAAGGUAGAGGUGGACAUGUAGCCGUGAUAGUUAAAGAUAAGAUUUAUUUUAUGGGGGGUUCUCGUAGAGUUUCAGAUGAUAACCCAAUAAAAAAAAGGUUUUCAAUAAGAGGUUAUAAUUUAUCAGAUGAAGUUUUUUAUUUGGAUCUUACGUCAUCAUUCUCUAGUGAGAAUCCACCAUUUAUUGAUCUUUCCGGCAACAUUGAUUCACGAAUACCAUAUGGAAGUGUAAAAGGAACUGCAGUGCCAGGUGGAGCUAACAAUGGUGAUGUGUAUCUCGUUGGAGGUACAUUACAGAACCUUACACUCCUUAAUCAAAUAGAUCAUAAUGAAACUAUUACGGAUCAAUCACUAAUGCAAACCGAAUUAAUUAAUACUUGGAAUGUAACUGAUCGAGAGAAUAGAGAAUUAAAUAUUUUGAUUUACUACCCAACUUCACAAUCUUGGUUAAUUCCUUACACUAGAGGAGGACCACCAAUCAGACGUAGAUCAACUUCAACAGUGAUAAAUCAGGAUGGAAUGAUAUAUAUAUUUGGAGGAAGAGCCGAACAUGAUACUGGUUCACCUGACCUGAUUUUCUUUAAUGAUAUCUAUACUUAUGAUACCAUUACGCCAAAAUGGACUAAAGUUAAUGCAAGUAAUGCACCUUCUGCUCGAAGUCAUAGUACUGCGACGUUACUUCCAAAUGGUAAAAUCCUCUAUAUUGGAGGUGCUUAUCAAGAUCGAUAUUUACCUCUAAUUGGCAUGAAAGAUCAAGCAAAAGGCACUUCUAUUGCGGCUCGUGUAGGCCAUACGGCAACCUUAACACCAGAUAAUAAUAAAAUCAUUAUUAUAGGCGGAACCAAGUCACUUAUAGAAAAUACAAUUACUGCGCAUCCAGUUUUUAUAAUGCUAGAUAUUACAGCCGAGCCUUAUGAAUAUUCAGAAUUAAAAGGUUCUGGAAUUCAACCGCCUCCAUUAGCAUAUCAUACUGUAAAUUUAUAUCGGAACCAUUUGAUUGUUGCCUUCGGUAAUAUUACUAAUGAUAAAUCCGAGUCUAUUGAAACUAAUCCUUCCAUUUAUUUAUUGUGCCUGCCGCGCCUAGAAUGGGUAACCACUUUUAUACCCGACCACAAGUGUCCUAUAACACCAAUUCCUUUGAUUAUUGGUCCGACCGUUGCUUUUUAUGUGGUGUUUAUUGCGACUACAGUAGCAAUUAUAAAAAUUAAUCGUCAAUCACUACUGGAUAAUAAGUUGAUGAUUAUUGCUAAUUGCUCUAUAGCGUUGAUCGUAGCUAUAAUAAUAGACACAAUAAUUAUCAUUACAUAUCCACCUCUACCUUUUAUUAUUGCGAUU